CAAGCAACAAUGGCGUCUUUGAAGGACUUGUGCUGUAGUCUUCCAGUUGAUCCGCUCCCACCGCCGAGAGAACGUGACAAUUCUGUUCCCCAUGCGCCUGUUAGGACUGUAAAUCUUACUGCAGAUGAACGGAGGUUAGCACUGCAGAAUGCCUUGAGAUAUUUUCCACAUACAUGCCACUGUGUUCUUGCCCCAGAGUUUGCUGCAGAGUUGAGACAGUAUGGACACAUUUACAUGUAUCGGUUUAGACCUGACAUUCAAAUGAGGGCUUAUCCUAUUGAUGAAUAUCCAGCGAGGUCCAGACAAGCUGCUGCUAUUAUGCUGAUGAUAAUGAACAAUUUAGAUCCCAGAGUAGCCCAAUUCCCUCAUGAGCUUGUAACAUAUGGAGGCAAUGGCCAGGUCUUCUCAAAUUGGGCUCAGUUCAGGAUUGUGAUGCAUUACUUAUCAGAGAUGACAGAAGAGCAGACACUCAUCAUGUGUUCAGGGCACCCACAGGGAUUGUUUCCCAGCAGUCCUUCUGCUCCAAGAGCUGUUAUUACUAAUGGAAUGGUUAUCCCUAACUACUCUUCAAGAGACAUGUAUGACAAACUCUUCGCACUGGGAGUGACAAUGUAUGGUCAGAUGACGGCUGGAAGUUACUGUUACAUUGGACCUCAGGGGAUUGUUCAUGGAACAACAAUCGUUGUGUUGAACGCUGGAAGGCGACAUCUAGGAGUCAAUGAUCUUCAGGGAAAGGUUUUUGUCACCGCCGGUCUUGGUGGAAUGAGCGGAGCCCAGGCUAAAGCGGCUGUGAUUGCUGGUUGUAUUGGUGUAGUGGCAGAGGUCGAUGAAGCUGCAUUAAAGAAAAGACACGAACAAGGGUGGCUCAUGGAAUACUCAUCCGAUGUUGACCAAUGUGUGGAGAUGAUCAGGAAAGCGCGAGAGUCGAAGAAGCCUUGCAGCUUGGGAUAUCAUGGCAAUGUUGUCGACUUGUGGGAGCGUCUUGAACAAGAAUAUGAAAAGACUGGCGAUCUUCUUGUGGAGCUGGGCUCGGAUCAAACAUCACUUCAUAAUCCCUUCAAUGGAGGUUACUACCCUGUUCAGGUAACCUUUGAGGAAGCUAAAAGAAUUAUGAAACGGGAACCAGAAAGAUUCAAAGCUCUCGUCCAAGAGAGCUUACGUCGACAAGUGGCAGCGAUUAAUAAACUCACUGGUGGUGGGAUGUUCUUUUGGGAUUAUGGAAAUGCGUUCCUUUUAGAGGCAAGUCGUGCAGGAGCUGAUGUCAACAAAGAGAGUGCUCCACCGGGCGUUUUCCGUUACCCCUCUUAUGUACAAGAUAUUAUGGGGGAUAUAUUUUCUUUGGGAUUUGGGCCGUUCAGGUGGGUCUGCACAACAGGCCUGGCAGCUGAUUUAGCGACAACAGACGAGAUUGCCAAAAAAGUCUUCCGAGAAAUUAUUGCGGAAGGAUUGCCCGCUAAUGUCCAGGCGCAAUAUGAGGAUAAUUUGAAGUGGAUCGAGGAGGCUCAUCAACAUAAUCUGGUUGUUGGAUCUCAAGCACGGAUUUUAUACUCCGAUCAGCGAGGCCGCGUUGCUCUCGCAGAGGCAUUUAAUAUGGCAAUACGUGACGGGAUAUUGUCGGGUUGUGUUGUUAUCAGUCGGGACCACCAUGAUGUCAGUGGAACGGACAGUCCAUACCGAGAGACUUCAAAUGUCUACGAUGGAUCCAGUUUCUGUGCAGACAUGGCGGUUCAAAAUGUAAUCGGAGAUUCAUUCCGUGGAGCUACAUGGGUCGCUCUUCAUAACGGGGGAGGAGUGGGAUGGGGUGAGGUUAUCAAUGGAGGCUUUGGUCUUGUCUUGGACGGAUCAGAAGAGGCCAGUAAAAGAGCUCGUAUGAUGUUAUCAUGGGACGUCAGUAACGGAGUCGCUCGCCGCUGUUGGUCAGGGAAUGUUCACGCCAAACAAGCCAUCUGCAAAGCCAUGAAGGAGAAUGAGUUACUCAAAGUGACAAUCCCUAACUUAGUGGAGGACUUGACUUUAUUGGACAAUGCCCUGAACAGUAGUCAAGAACUGCUUGGAGAUGCAAACUAAGAAAAAGGAAAGAUAAUUCUAACAUCAAAUAAAGAGUUCAUCACAGCGAUAUCUUAUUCGAGGGAAAAGAAAUAUUAGAACAAAGAAAGAAACAAAAAUAAGGGGAAAGUGGUGAGAGGUAUAAAUAAACAUCAGUCUACCUCGCCAAAUAGCCAAAACUCGAGGAAAAUGAGCUGGUUUGUUUUGCGUUGACAAAAUUUGAUCAUUGGGUGAUAAUGACAAUGGUGGGAAUGAUAAUUGUAAUGUAGCUCUGAACAUACCACGAAGUGGUUCUUCUGGUCCACUGUUUCCAGUUCGAGUUGAAUUUGGAAUGUUGGUUUUUUUUUUUUUGGGGGGGGGGGAAGAAAACAGGAGCACCCGAAGAAAACCCUCGUAGCAAGAACAAGAACCAACAACUCAACCCCCCUAUGUGACGACACUGCAGUGGGUGAAGAGAACUCCUACCAUUGUGCCAUCCCCGCUUCUCAUAGAGUGGGGAUGGCCUGGAUAGUGGUUGAUAGCAUUGUGGAAAUACCCCAUUGCUCUCAAAUGAACAAAAUAACAGCUCUUAGUGGUCGUACAAAAAUCAAUCUGUUUGUUGAAAAGUUGACACUCGGGGCAAAUGAGCUGGUUCGCAAAUGGUUCAACAAUAUUGAUAUAUUAUUAUAAACAAUAUUGAAGUACAACGUCCAGUGUAUUCCGUGGUGCAAAAAUGUGAUCGAGGUGACCAUUCCGUGUGUUGGGCAUAAAUGCUUAUUUUAAGUUUUGUUACCCAGGUCUCGGUUUCGUAUAUUGGGUAACGCUCAUGUCAUUUGAUAAAACUCGCAAUCUUUGUCACUUAACUUAACACCAUCAUAAAAAUGAACCGAGAUCUGUGUAAUUCAAUUCGCUGUUGGAUUCGAGGUCGCGGAAUUGUUCAUAUUGAUUGUAACUUCACAAUGCCUGAGAGUGUAACAAGGUUAUCAAUACUAAGUAAUCAAGUUUUCUUAGUACUUUGCAAUUGUUAAGUUACGUUCGACAUACUAGUUUAACUUAAACUCCAAUUUAAAGAGGGAGCCUCACCUAUAAGCCUUCAUGGCUUUUUGAGACUUCCUCGCCUUUUCCUUUUUCUAUUUUCUAUUUCUCGUGUAUUAUUAAAUUAACUUUGUUCCCCGUUUAAUAUAUAAUAAUGGUAAAAUGAUAA